UGAAGCCUGUAGGCAGAAUAUUACUGACACAUAGACUCUCCGUUACGGAAUGAAUAUAGUUUACUGUCUCGAUGAAUUAGCCUCGGAGGAAAUUUAGUGAAACAUUUGCCUUAUAUAUAAGCCUUAUUUUUCACACCGGAGAACAUUUUUACGACGCGGGGAAUCAGCCACUGCCUCAAUGGAAAUAUCGUCCUGAUGCUUUUUUCUCUCAUGAGCUGCUUCACUGGACAACUAAGAUAGAUUGUUGUAAAAAAAACAAAACUAUUUUCAACCUUUAUUUGAUUUUUUUUUGUUACUGUAGCUGCGGAUAAAUAAUUUCUUAACGCAUGGUGCUGUGAUAUAUCCUCUUAUAAAACUGUAGGGAUAGUGGACAGACGUCACACGGGCAUAGCAACCUCUCCGUGAUGGAUAAUGCUCAUACUAAGACGGUGGAGGAGGUUUUGGGCUUCUUCAGCGUGAAUGAGUCUACAGGUCUGAGCUGUGAGCAGCUGAAGAAGAACAGGGAGAGAUGGGGGCCCAACGAACUGCCAGCUGAAGAGGGAAAGUCACUCUGGGAGCUGGUCUUGGAACAGUUCGAGGAUCUGCUGGUCCGCAUCUUGCUGCUCGCUGCGUGCAUCUCCUUUACCCUGGCAUGGUUCGAAGAAGGAGAGGGGACGAUCACAGCCUUUGUUGAACCCUUCGUCAUCCUCCUCAUCCUCAUCGCCAAUGCUAUCGUUGGAGUAUGGCAGGAGCGUAAUGCAGAGAACGCCAUCGAGGCACUGAAGGAGUACGAGCCUGAGAUGGGAAAGGUUUACCGACAAGACAAGAAGAGCGUCCAGAGAGGAGCCCGAGACAUCGUCCCUGGAGACAUUGUGGAAGUCGCUGUGGGUGAUAAGGUCCCCGCGGACAUCAGGCUGACGUCCAUCCGCUCCACCACCCUGAGGGUGGACCAGUCCAUUCUGACGGGGGAGUCUGUGUCGGUGCUCAAACACACAGAUCCUGUACCUGAUCCCCGAGCUGUCAACCAGGACAAGAAGAACAUGCUCUUCUCUGGGACCAACAUUGCAGCGGGGCGAGCCAUCGGCGUUGUCGUGGCAACAGGGGUGCAGACAGAGAUCGGGAAAAUCCGGGAUGAGAUGGCCUCCACUGACCCUGAAAGAACCCCGCUGCAGCAGAAACUGGACCAGUUUGGAGAACAGCUGUCAAAGGUGAUCAGUGUGAUCUGUGUGGCCGUUUGGGCGAUCAACGUGGGACACUUUAAUGACCCGGUGCACGGAGGCAGCUGGCUGAGAGGAGCUGUUUACUACUUCAAGAUCGCUGUCGCCCUCGCUGUAGCUGCAAUACCUGAAGGUCUCCCUGCUGUCAUAACGACCUGUCUGGCUCUGGGCACGAGGAGGAUGGCGAGGAAGAAUGCCAUCGUCCGCAGCCUGCCGUCAGUGGAGACGCUGGGCUGCACCUCAGUGAUCUGCUCGGACAAGACGGGAACUCUGACCACCAACCAGAUGUCCGUCUACAGGAUGUUUGUUGUAGACAGUGUGUCAGGAGAGCGCUGCCGACUGAACGAGUUCUCAGUGACUGGAUCUACUUACGCCCCUGAAGGGGAAGUUUAUAAAGAUGGCUCCCUGGUGAAGUGCAGUCAAUAUGAUGGAUUGGUGGAGAUGGCCUCCAUCUGUGCUCUGUGCAAUGACUCAUCACUAGACUACAAUGAGGCAAAGGGAGCAUUUGAAAAGGUCGGGGAGGCCACAGAGACUGCCCUCUGCUGUCUGGUGGAGAAAAUGAACGUGUUUGAUACUGACCUGAGAGGACUGAGUCCGUCUGAGAGAGCUACAGCCUGCUGCUCUGUGAUAAAGCAGCUGAUGAGGAAGGAAUUGACGCUGGAGUUCUCCAGAGACAGGAAGUCCAUGUCUGUCUUCUGCUCUUCCAACAAACUCACCCGCUCUGCAUCUGGAGCCAAAAUGUUUAUAAAGGGAGCUCCAGAGAGCGUGUUGGAACGCUGCAACUACGUCCGUGUCAGCGGCACAUCCCGUGUGCCUCUGAGCGCGGCGGUUCGAGAGCAGCUCCUGUCCAAUGUGCGGGAGUGGGGAUCAGGAAGAGACACACUGCGCUGCCUCGCCAUGGCAACAAGGGACGCACCCCCUGACAUCCACAGCCUGAACCUGGAGAACUCAGCUGGCUUCUGUAACUACGAGUCUGAUCUGACCUUUGUGGGCUGUGUGGGCAUGUUGGACCCGCCCAGGAAAGAAGUCCUCACUGCGGUCCGAAUGUGUCGGCAGGCUGGCAUUAGAGUCAUCAUGAUCACAGGUGACAACAAAGGCACCGCCCUGUCGAUCUGUCGCAGGGUUGGCAUCAUCACAGAGCAGGAGGAGGAGGACGGCUCAGGGUUCAGCGGGGGUCUGACGGGCCGAGAGUUUGAUGAGCUGCCUCCUCACAUUCAGCGUCAGGCCUGCAGGACGGCCAGGUGCUUCGCCCGGGUCGAACCGGCACACAAGAGUCGCAUAGUGGAGUACCUGCAGAGCCUGGGUGACAUCACGGCCAUGACGGGUGAUGGGGUGAAUGACGCGCCGGCGCUGAAGAAGGCCGAGAUCGGCAUAGCUAUGGGCAGCGGCACGGCCGUGGCAAAGUCGGCUUCAGAGAUGAUCCUGGCUGACGACAACUUCUCCACCAUUGUGGCUGCUGUCGAGGAGGGCAGAGCCAUUUACAACAACAUGAAGCAGUUCAUCAGAUACCUGAUCUCCUCCAACAUCGGAGAGGUCGUCUGUAUUUUUCUGACCGCUGCGCUCGGCAUGCCUGAAGCUCUUAUCCCGGUCCAGCUGCUCUGGGUAAACCUGGUCACCGAUGGUUUCCCGGCUACCGCUCUGGGCUUCAACCCUCCAGACCUGGACAUCAUGUCCCGCCCUCCCCGCUCCCCCAAAGAGCCUCUGAUCUCUGGCUGGUUGUUCCUCCGCUACCUCAUUAUUGGAUGCUAUGUUGGAGCAGCGACUGUCGGAGCAGCGGCCUGGUGGUUCAUGGCAGCACACGAUGGACCCAAACUUACCUUCUUUCAGCUGUCUCACUAUCUGCAGUGCAGUGAAGGACAUGUUGAGUUUGCUGGUGUUCAGUGUUCAGUCUUUGAGUCGCCUUACCCCAUGACCAUGGCGCUGUCCGUCCUGGUUACCAUAGAGAUGUGCAACGCCUUGAACAGUCUCUCCGAGAACCAGUCCCUGUUGAAGAUGCCUCCCUGGUCGAACCCCUGGCUGGUGGGCGCCAUCUGCCUGUCCAUGGCUCUACACUUCCUCAUUCUUUAUGUCGACCCCCUGCCGGUGGUAUUCCAGAUCCGCCCUCUGUCGUGGCCUCAGUGGGUGGUGGUCCUGAAGAUGUCGAUCCCCGUCAUCCUGAUGGACGAGGUGCUUAAGUUCCUCGCCCGAAACUUCAUCGAGCCAGGAAGCCAGAUCCAGUCGCUGGAAGAGGAGGAGGAGGAGCUGCAGAGGACAGGGGCGAGCACGGGAUUGGUAGGUGCCGUGGUGACGAGGCUGCGUCAGUCAGUGAAGGGCGUGUCCUGGUCGUUCGUCAUGAUCUCUGCGCCUCUGAUAAUCUGGAUCUUCAGCCUGGACUCUGACAUCACCAACAUCUUCUGGGAGUGAUGAGAGAUCAGAGAGGAUCGAUGGACAGUGAGAGAGGCAGUGAUUGAAGAAAGAGGAAGAAGACCAAAAAGCAGAGGAUUGUGGGAUGUUGUGAAGAAGAAUGAGGCGAGGUGAGAAGGCGAGCAAAGACGAUAAACACUUUGCUACCAUGCAGGAAUGUAAGAGGUGAAGAGUGAAAAAAAUUACCCGACUGAAAAUCAGAAAACAACGAGAAGGAACAUCUCUGUGUCCGUAAAAAGGUGCUCUGUGUAACUGAAGGUUUGUCAUUAAAUUCUUGCAGAGUUGUAUGGCCACGCCUUUUUUGGCUCUAAGGCGCCAACAUGUCAGCUUGAUCAACUGAAAAACAUCCUUGUCAACAGCCUGAAACGCUGUGCGUCAGUGCUAAUACAGCAUGCUAACCUUUGCAUCAUAAAACUAAAUGAAUCCACUGACACGGGUAGAAGUAAGUCGACAUAGCGAGCAUGAACACAAAGGUCACCGGCCUAUAAAAUAGUUUUCCCGAUACCAGAAUUCUAAACUUUGAUCAGAUACUCGUAAAACUCGAACGAUAUCUCUCUUUGUUUCGAUACCACACCAACAAAAAAAUGACCCAAUAUUAUUUUGUAAAUGAGAUGUAUCUCAAAAUAAAUGAUGUCCCCUAAAUGAUCUUUAAUAAUCCA